AUGAUACAAGUUUUCUUUGCAAUAUUCUUAACAAUUACAUUAGCAAACUAAGUAGUCUAUGGCGAUCCUAUUAUUGGAAUUGAUUUAGGGACAACUUAUUCAAGUGUUUGCUUUUAAAAUAAUUAUAAUGUUGAAAUUAUACCAAAUGAAAAGGGAUUUAAAACAACGCCUACUGUGGUUGCUUUAUCAAACGAUGAAUUUAUAGUAGGAGAAGAUGCCUAAGAGUAAGCUAUUAUUAAUCCGAACAAUACAUUUUAUGAUAUAAAAAGAUUGACUGGGAGAUCGUAAACUAUGAAUUUAUUAUAGAUGUUAUCAUCCGACUGUGAGUAAGGCAAAGAAAAAUUUGCUAUAUAAUUUAACUAUAUAAAAUAAGAGGAUCUAUAUUGAAGUGCCUAAGUAUAAAAAUGAGAGUCCAAAGUUAUUUAGUAUUGAUUAGAUUCAAGCAAUGGUUUUAACUAAAUUAAAGAAUUAAGCUAGUUCUUACUUAGGUUAACCAAUUAAAAAUGUUGUAAUGACUGUUCCAAUAGGAUUUGAUGAUUCUUAAAAAUAAGCUACUAUAGAUAUUGCAAAAAUUGCUGGCUUAAAUGUUGUCAAAAUAAUAAGUGAACCAAAAGCUGUUGCAAUUGCAUAUGGAAAGGAUAAAGAAUAAGGAGAAAAGAAUAUUCUUGUAUUUGAUUUUGGAGGUGGUACUUUGGAUAUUACUGUUCUAAAAAUAAAAAAAAACUAUAUUGAAGAUAUAAGUCAUGGAUCAGAGAUCAAUUUAGGAGGAGAAGACUUUGAUUUUAAUUUAGUUAAAUACUUUAUUGAACAAAUAAAAGAAUCUACUAAAAUAGACAUAAAGGAUAAUAAAUAUGCAAUUUAAGCUUUGAAAAUAGAAGCUAAAAAAGCAAAAGAAAUUCUUUCUUCCUAGAAGAUUGCUAUUAUUAAAAUAAAAAACUUGAUUUAAGGAUAUGAUUUUAAUCACAGUAUUACAAGGGAAAAAUUUGAAGAUUUGAAUGAAAACUUAUUUGAAAGAACUAAAUUAACUAUAUAAUCAGCAUAUGAUUAAUCUAAUUUAUCAAAAGAUGAAAUUGCUGAUGUAAUACUAGCAGGAGGAUCUAGUAGAAUUCCUAAAGUUUAAUAAAUAAUUGAAAACUUUUUUACUUAAAGCAAGAUCAUUAAAGAUUAAAUAUAAGAUGAAUUGGUUUGUGUUGGGGCUGCUAUUUAAGCAAAUUAAUUAACCAAAAAAGGCUAAUAAAGUACAAAUCGAAUUGUAGAAAUCAGUAAAACUCCAAUAAGUUUUGGUGUUGAAAUAGAAGGAGGAUUGAUGAGUAUAAUUAUACCAAAGUUGUCUAAAUAUCCAUUAUCUUUGUCAAAAUUAUACACCACCAUUCAUGAUUAUUAAUCUANAUCCUUUGGUUUUUCUCCAGAUCUACAUAUUGACCUAAAUGUAUGUGAUAAAUACAACCCUUAAGAUACAAAAAGAUUAUGUAUAUCAUUAAGUAAAGAAAGGAUUGAAAUAAGGAUUGGAGAAUUGAAACAAUUAGAAUAAAUGGAAGAUUACAAUUUAUAAAUAUAUUUAAGGUAAAUAUGA